AUGACUGAUCGUGUCGUCCGUCUGAAACCAUACGAGUAUGUCCACAUCCUUGAUAACAACACAUGCAAGGUGACGCUUUUGGAGGGGCCGUGCUGCUUCACGAUGCAGGACCACCUCGUCAAGCUACACACGACGCCCCAACGUCACAUUGUUAUCCCAUUGAAUCACUACUGCGAGGUGGAGAACCCCGUUUCGCCGUCGCCCGACGGUGGGGAGCCAACAUACCGGGUGGGUCACCGCGAGGUGCGGCUACCACAACCUCCAUUUCCGCUUUAUCCUGGUGAGGUGGUCUCUGAAGUGAAGCCGAUGCGCAUUCUCACUGCCCGCGAGGCCAUCAUUCUACGAGCGCUGGCAGAUCACACCACAACGGACGAACUCACGGGGGAAAUUGUGCAGCGCAUGGCUGGACAGCAGUGGCUGGUGAAAGGGCCCUGUCUGUACGUCCCCCGUGUAGAGCAGGAGGUAGUGGAGAGUGUGGAGCCAGUCAUUCUUGCAGCAAAUGAAUACAUGCAGUUGUCCGCCCUGUCAGACUUUAAGGACUCGGACGGCACAACGCGACGUGCCGGGGAAAAGUGGAAUAUGGUAACCCGAGAGCUUUUCUUUCUGGGCCCAUACACAAAGCUGGAGUCUGUUGAAAAAGGCAUCAUGCUUUCACCUAUAUUGGCCCUUCAUGUACGUGCUGUGCGUCCGUUUUAUGAUCAUCGCUUUGGUGUCCAACGUUUACUGGGGGAUCGGUGGCUUGUAACACAUGAUGCGGUUACUCUUUUCUUGCCGACUGAAAAUGAGCAGCCUGAGACGAUCAUCCCUCUCACAGUCGUUGGACAGCAGCAAUACUGCAUAUUAUUAAGUAUGGCACACGAUGGUGUCUGCCAUGACAGUAAGCAGAGGCUUCUCAAGGGGGUGUGCUCCUUUUUCUUGAAACCCGGUGAGAGGUUGCGGGACAAUGAAGUGAAGGACGCCUACCUCCUUGGGGCGCAUGAGGCGCUACUUGUGGAGGCGAUAAACAGCUUUACUGAGGACGGCGGCGCACGGCGGGAGGCGUCAUCCCGGUGGCUAGUGCGUGGGCCCUGCAGUUAUAUUCCACCCUUGGAGGUUCGCGUCGUGGAGCGACGGGAAAGAAUGCUGCUUACGGGGCACAGUGGUGUUUAUGUGCGCAACGUCCGCACUGGCCGAGUUCGGGCAGUGCAUGGUCAAGCGCUCCUGCUUGCUGAGGAUGAAGUGUUGUGGGAGAAGCCAGUGGAUGCUCUUGUGCACCGCCUCCUUACGGCAGAUAAACUCUCUGUGUACGAUCUUGAUGCACUGAAAUUGGCUGCAGAAAUGGGACCGUGCGCCUCACACGAGCUUGUCUACUACAAGGUUCCACACAAUGCUCUUGUACAGCUGUAUGAUUACAGCACAAACACCAGUCGCGUGGAGGCGGGACCCGCCGCCGUGUUCCUCGCCCCCAGUGAAGAAUUUACCCCGAUCUCUCUCUCUGGGGGGCGCCCCAAGAAGGCGAACUGCAUCCACUCACUCUGCCUUUUUUUGGGACCCGAUUUUAUGGCUGACACGAUCGAAGUUGAGACGCUCGAUCACGCCCGAUUGCGGCUUGAGCUUGCGUACAACUGGGAGUUUGACGCCUCUGACAAGGAACGUAUCAAGCAGGUUGCCUUUGCAAUGCCUGAUUUUAUUGGUAAGGCCUGCAGUACAUUGGCGAACCGUGUUCGUGCUGCUAUUGCCAUGGAGUCGUUUGAGCAGUUUCAUCGAAAUUCUUCUUCUGUGAUUCGGAAGGCGAUCUUUUGCUCUCACUCCGGGAUGACGGAGAUGCGGGAGGACGGCCUGUACUUCCCCGUCAACGGUCUCCUCAUCACAAGCGUGGACGUACGCACUGUGGAGCCCGUGGAGCCGAAUACGCUGAAUGCCCUUAAGAAGAGUGUGCAGCUCGCCGUGGAGAUUAUCACCAAAUCACAGGAAAACGAGGCCGCCCAUCAGGCAAUGAUAUUCGAGCAGGAGGCAAAGGGCUCCCUCGAGCUGCAGAUCAUGAAGGACAAAGCUUUGGAGGAGGCAGAACGCGUGACGCUGCUUCAAGUCGCGGCGGAGAAUGCCGCUAUUGAGCUCAGCGGUUCCAGCAAAGUUCAGGCCUUGGCCGAAAGUGAGGCACGGCUUGUGGAGCUGCAGGCGGAACUAGACGUGACGCCCACUCGCUGUAAGUCGCAGCAGGAGAUGACGGAUGCGGAGUUGGAAGUACAGCGUCAACGCAUGGAGAUGGAGCUCUCUCACCGCCGAGUCAUGAACGAUCUUGCGGUUGCGAAAGCGAGGGCUCUGGCCGACAUUGAGGCCACAAAGGUGGAGAAGAUAUUUGCUGCGUUAGGCAGGGAGACUGUCACGGCGAUUGCGCGGGCGGGUCCUGAGCUUAAGGCGAAAUUGCUGCAAGCACUGGGUCUGAAGGGUUUUCUUGUCACGGACGGCACGUCUCCCAUCAAUCUGAUGGGCAUGGCAAAUCGUGUGGUGCAGAAUCCGCAAGGGCAGCGAGUAUAA